AUGCGGAAAAUUGAUGAAGAACUACGUCUGAACUGUGCAGCAACACAAAUCCCCGCGUAUGCAGCAAUGGCUACGAACUUCAAUUCUAUGCCGAUGCCACUUUCGAAACAAAUUAUACGCAAUAUGCAUUCGAAUCUCAAGAAAUGCGAGCGACUGAAUCACGUAUCUCGCUAUCCUGUGCAUCCAUCGAGUGCUGCUCCGCACGGUACUAAAUUUUCAAAGACAUACCUCAAUAAGGAGAGGAAGUUUUUGUCAGCUGGGAUGCUGCUGUACUACUUGGCAGCUAUAUUCAAAGGUCUUCAUCCACGGGUUGACGACGAUUUCGUUGACAAACUCAACUACCAUUACACAUCAGCCAUAAUUUUCGCCUUUGCGAUUAUUGUCUCUGCAAAACAGUAUGUUGGUUAUCCUAUCCAAUGUUGGGUACCGGCGCAAUUCACUGAUGCCUGGGAGCAAUAUACAGAGAAUUACUGUUGGGUCGAGAACACUUAUUAUCUGCCUCUUACUAGCGCUUUUCCUCUCGAAUAUGGAGAUCGAAGGGCACGCCAAAUCAGCUAUUAUCAAUGGGUCCCGUUUGUUUUAGCUUUAGAGGCGCUUUGCUUCUAUAUUCCGUGCAUUAUGUGGCGCGGAUUAUUGCACUGGCACUCAGGAAUUAACGUGCAGUCAUUAACGCAGAUGGCAUGCGACGCGCGAAUGAUGGAUGCAGAUGCGCGAGCCGCCACUGUACAAACGAUCGCUGGCCAUAUGGAGGAUGCUCUCGAAAUUCAACGGGAGGUCACCGACGUAUCGGGUCUCUGUGUAUCAAAGCGAUGGGGAAAUUACGUUACAUGUUUAUAUGUGUUUAUUAAGAUGCUGUAUUUAGGAAACGUUGUAUUACAAGUUUUUAUCUUGAACAGUUUUCUGGGUACGGAUAAUUUGUUUUAUGGCUUCCACAUCUUAAAAGAUCUCCUUAACGGUCGAGAAUGGGAGGUCAGCGGUAAUUUCCCCCGCGUGACAAUGUGCGACUUCGAGGUACGUGUUCUGGGAAAUGUACAUCAUCACACUGUGCAAUGUGUGCUCAUGAUUAAUAUGUUCAACGAAAAGAUAUUUUUAUUUCUAUGGUUUUGGUAUUUUAUGGUGUCUAUAGUAUCGAUCACCUCUAUGUUACAUUGGAUAAUCAUUUCAUUUUUGCCUGGGCAGCAUAUGAAGUUCAUCCGCAAAUAUUUGCGAGCGACAGACCUCGCAACCGAUCGGCAGUCGGUCAAGAAAUUUGUUCAUAAAUUUCUCGGCUUCGAUGGGGUGUUUUGUAUGCGAAUGAUAUCAGCUCAUGCCGGCGACAUAAUGGCUACCGAGCUGAUAGUGGCCCUUUGGCACAAUUUCAACGAUCGGGUUCGAAAGGUGGGACUUUUCUGCAGCGGACUUUCCCGCGACGACCACCUCGAGCGAAGCCGCCCUUUGACGGCUCGAAUCCAACUCGCGGCAAGAAAAGACGCAAAUCCGAUGGCUACUUCACGUUCGUGUGACCGCCGCGGCACUGCUGCUGCUCCGCCCGUGUCUCGCUGGCGCCGCGCCACCACCGCGACCUGCCCGCCGCCUCGUCCUCCUCAACGUCACUUCGCCGUCGGCUCAGCAACGAUCAACUGCGUCGUCGACCGCCGUCGUCUGGCUGUCUCUGGUCCAACCAUAAUCCGUUUCUUCGCUCGAGCAUUUACGUGCCAAAGUGCUCGAUGCUUCUGCUCUCUGGGAAUUCUCACUCACACUUUGACGAAAUUUCGCCUAACAUCGGUAGCAACGAGCACAUCAUCUCUUUCACGUCGAGCAUAUGUCUUUCUCAAAUUCCCAUUCUGAAAUUUGAGUUGAAAUUGCAUUCGUGGCUUCCUAGUAUACGGGUAUACGAGUUUGUGAGAGAUUUGUAAUACCGAUUUUGUGUCAUCCGAUUUCCUACUUCUGGUGUUCGCAUUCUCGAAUAUGUUUAUAUAGAUGUCGUCCAUAGGUUGAAGAGUAUCGAAUAAUAUCAUGUAAACUGCCCAUAACAUUCUUUCAACUAGUACUCUAGAUGAGCGUUAAUUCACUCGACGUUAUUGUAUGCUUUCUUGCGACCAUGACUUAAAUAAGUGUUGUGUGCGAACUUAACGAAGACUCAUCUCAUUGUUAACCAAGACGACUAUGGUGCAAUUUUUGAAGGCCAACCUGUACGAUUGUUUGAUGUUAAUUAUUGAUCUUCUCAAUAAAUG